AUGUCGACUAUUAUCUCCAUUAAGGCCCGUGAGAUCCUCGAUUCUCGUGGCAACCCGACCGUUGAGGUUGAUCUUACCACUAAGGACGGCAUGUUCCGCGCUGCCUGCCCCUCUGGUGCUUCCACUGGCGAGUUCGAGGCUCUUGAGCUCCGUGAUGGUGAUAAGGCCCGUUAUCAGGGUAAGGGUGUCCUCAAGGCUGUCGCCAACGUCGAGAAGGUCAUUGCCCCCGCUAUCAUCGGCAAGGACGUUACCGAUCAGGCCGGUAUUGAUAAGUUUAUGGUUGAGGAGUUGGACGGUACUCAGAACGAGUGGGGCUGGUGCAAGGCCAAGCUCGGUGCCAACGCCAUCCUCGCCGUUUCUAUGGCUGUCUGCCGUGCCGGUGCUGCCGCCUCGAACAUGCCUCUCUAUCAGUAUAUCGCCAAGCUUGCUGGUAAGGACACUGAGAAGUUCCUCAUGCCCUGCCCAUGCUUCAAUGUCAUCAAUGGUGGUAAACACGCUGGUAACCGUCUUGCUUGCCAGGAGUUUAUGCUCGUCCCCUGCGGUGCUUCCUCCAUUCACGAGGCUAUCAGGAUCGCCUCUGAGGUCUAUCAUGAGCUCAAGUCGGUGAUCAAGGCCAAGUACGGUCAGGACGCCACCAACGUCGGUGAUGAGGGUGGAUUCGCCCCCAAUAUUCAGGACAUGGAUGAGGCCCUCUCCGUCCUCUUAGAGGCCAUCAAGAAGUCUGGCCAUGAGGAUACCUGCCGUAUUGGUUGCGAUUUCGCUGCCUCUGAGAUCUAUGAUGCCAAGACUGGCAAGUAUGACCUCGACUUCAAGAACCCCGAGCCUCAUGCCGAUGCCGAGUUGACCGGUGAUGAGUUCAUCAAGUACCAGGAGGAUCUUAUGAACAAGUAUCCUUUCGUCUUCAUUGAGGAUCCCUUCGAUGAGAACGAUUGGGCGACCUUCGCCAAGUUCACCGCCAAGGACGGUAAGGAGAUCCAGAUUGUCGGUGAUGAUCUUCUUGUUACCAACCCCAAGCGUAUCCAAAAGGGUAUCAACGAGAAGUCUGUGAACGCCCUUCUUCUCAAGGUUAACCAGAUAGGUUCAAUCACCGAGUCUAUCGAGGCCAACAACAUGGCCGUUAACGCCGGCUGGACCGUCAUGGUUUCCCAUCGUUCCGGUGAGACUGAGGAUACCUUCAUCGCCGAUCUUGUCACUGGUCUUGGCACUUGCCAAAUCAAGACUGGUGCCCCCUGCCGUACUGAGCGUCUUUGCAAGUACAAUCAGCUCAUGCGUAUUGAGGAGGAGCUCGGUGAUAAGGCCACCUAUGCUGCGGGCCGCAACUUCCCUCGUUGCCAGUAA